AUGCCAGGCUGCAUGUUCGGCGCCAAGCUCGUCGUCACCCAAUCUGCCUACAUCGACAGACUCCCCAAGAUCGACGAUCUAAUCGUCAUCACCAUCGACGAUCCUAUGCCAGGCUGCAUGUUCUUCGGGGAGAUAAACUCUGCCGACGAGAACGAUGUCCCUGAUGUCAGCAUCGACCCUGACGAUGCAGUUGCGAUGCCGUUCUCGUCGGGGACCACGGGGCUGCCGAAGGGGGUCGUACUGACCCACCCGGAGCAUUUGUGUCAAGCCUGGCCUCAGCAGGUCGACGGGGAGAACCCGAACCUAUGGAUGAGGGCGGGGGAGGACGUGAUGCUGUGCGUGCUGCCGAUGUUCCACAUAUUCCGCGCUGAACUCGGUGCUGCUGUGCGGGAUGAGGGGGGGGCGCGGUGUGAUAAUGCGAGGUUCGAGAUGGAGAGGAUGCUGGAGGCGAUAGAGAGGUGA